GGUAACAGGUGUUUAAUUACUUAAAGCGCAAACAAAAAGAAGCUAACGUUAACGUCUUUUAGUCUGUCAGUCGAACUUUUGACAAAGUUUUUCAUGUUAUAAAAUGACAGAGUUGCAUCAGGCAGCUGCGGCUGGAGAUUAUGAUUUGGUGGAAGAAAUUGUGAGAAACAAUUCGUGUAAUCCUAAUCAAAAAGACUUGGACUGGAACAAGAAAACCGCUCUGCACUGGGCAGCAUCCAAAGGCCAGACAGAGAUGGUUCGGAUACUGGUUGAAAAUGGAGCCAGGGCUUGCUUGAGAACGGACAAUGGAUGGACGCCUGCACACUUCGCAGCUGAAUCUGGAAGACUAGCGGUGCUACGACUCCUUCAUUCCCUGCAUGCACCUGUAGACAAGGAGGACUCCUCUGGAGAUAAACCUGUCCGGAUUGCUGAAAUCUACGGACAUGAAGAUUGCGUUCGUUUUCUUGAGAAGGCAGAGGUUGAAAGCAGAAACUAUCGGCAAAUGGCAAUUUCAAAUGGUCUUCCAUUAGAUGAUACAGAUGAAGAAUGGGAAGAAGAGAGAAAAGAAGCCAGACUGCAAGAAAGAAACCAGUAGUUAAUUAAAAGGGUUUUGCCAGCCAGAUGGGUCGUUCAAGAGAUUGCUCGCAGAGCUGACGAGUUUCUGCAAUGUAAAAAUGAAAUGUGAUUAAUAAACUUUGAACACAGGAAUGUUA